CGCGCGCGACCUGAGCUCCCCGGGCGCGCUCAUGGCCGUGAGGCAGCAGGAGCGAGCGUCAGUCUGGGCAGACAAGGUUCCCUGUAGCUGUCAGCUGUCCCUAGCGCCAGUUACUCUUCCGUCUGCUAAACGCACCAAGAAGGUCGGAAUUGUCGGUAAAUACGGGACCCGUUAUGGUGCCUCCCUCAGGAAAAUGGUGAAGAAGAUUGAAAUAAGCCAGCACGCCAAGUACACUUGCUCCUUCUGUGGCAAGACCAAGAUGAAAAGACGAGCUGUGGGGAUCUGGCAUUGUGGUUCCUGCAUGAAAACCGUAGCGGGUGGUGCCUGGACCUACAACACCACUUCUGCUGUCACAGUAAAGUCGGCCAUCAGAAGACUGAAGGAGUUGAAAGACCAGUAGAAGCUUCACCAUUUGAAACAUUGCUAGCCUAUAAUAAAUGGGUUAAUUUAUAUAACAAAA